AUGGCCUACACCACCUCGCCGUCGACGUCGACGGCAGCGGCGGUGGCCUGGGCCUUUGCUGCCGCCACCUGCGUGAAGCUCCUCCUUGUACCCACCUACCGCUCCACCGACUUCGACGUUCACCGCUACUGGCUCGCCCUCACGCACGCGCUCCCCGCGCGGCAGUGGUACACCGACGCCUCCUCCCAGUGGACGCUCGACUACCCGCCCUUCUUCGCCUACUUCUCCCGCCUCCUCUCCCUCCCUGCGCCGCUCGUCGACGCCACCCUCGUCUCUGUCCCCGUGCCCGACGCGCCGCCCUUCGCGCAUCUCCUCUACCUCCGCCUCACUGUCGCUUUCUCCGACCUCCUCCUCCUCGGGUCCGUCCUCUUACUGGCGAGGGACGCGCGGCGGAAUCAGCGGCCGUUCCUCCACUUUCAGUACAAUGGAUUCCUCAUGGGGCUGCUGCUGCUCUCGUUGCAUUUCCUCGAGCAGGAGUGGGAUCUUGCCGGGGGAGUCGUGUUCGCAAGUUUGCUCUGCUCGAAGCACCUGUUCCUCGUGGCGGCGCCGGUCUACUUUAUGUAUUUGUUCCGGCAUUAUUGCUGUGGCCGGGGUGUCGUGAAGGGGCUUGGGAAGGCUCGUACUGAUGGGCUCUGGAGUGGCUGUUGUUUUUGCUGCAGCAUUUGCGCCCUUCGUGUACUAUGGCCAGCCUCUGAGCUAAAUGGUGUUUUCAUACAAGUUUUACCAAUGUACUGCUAA